GAAGGAGAAGGAGAAGGCCAUGUCAGAGACUCAGUGCUGUGAGAACCCCCCGACGCUGAGCAUCACGAGUGUCGGAAUCGGAUGUGUGGCAGAGAUCGGAGGCUUGAAAGCUUACAUCACCGGCCCCCCUGAUGCCAAGCUCGCCGUCCUCCUCGUCUCCGACGUUUUCGGUUAUGAAGCACGAAAGCUGAGGAAGCUUGCAGACAAGGUGGCCUCUUGUGGAUUCUAUGUGGUGGUUCCAGACUUCUUUUAUGGAGAUCCCUAUGUACCUGAUAAUCCUGAGAGGCCUAUUGCAGUGUGGAGACAAUCUCAUGGAACUAAGUAUUUUUGUCAUAUUACUUGCCAUUCUUGUAUAGGUAAAGGAUUUGAAGAUGCCAUAAGAGUUGUUUCUGCACUGAGAAGUGAAGGUGUAUCUGCCAUUGGAGCUGCAGGAUUUUGCUGGGGUGCAAAGGUGGUUGUGGAACUAGGGAAGUCUGAUUACAUUCAAGCUGCGGUUCUGCUACACCCUUCACGAGUCACUGUGGAGGAUAUUAAGGAGGUCAAGGCUCCCAUAGCUGUAUUGGGCGCUGAGUACGACAAAUUGUCUCCACCAGAGCUUCUCAAGCAGUUUGAGGAAAUCUUAUCCGCUAAACCGGAGGUCGAUGGGUGCGUCAAGAUUUUUGCUGGGGUGGAGCAUGGUUGGACUGUGAGGUAUAAAGACGAAGACGCAGCAGAGGUGAAGUCCGCUGAAGAAGCCCAUAAGGACAUGCUGGACUGGUUCAAUAAGCACUUGAAGUGAAGAUGAACUUGGUCACCUUCUACUGUGUCUACAUAUCCAAGGAAGAGAAUGACAAAGCACGACCGUUCCUUGCAGUGGCGGCCUAUCUUCUGAUGGAGUUGAACACUGAUUAGGAAUGUAUUCCUUAUGCAGAUGUAACUUAGCUUAGAAUAAACAGAGCCUGGCCUUUCGUGUCUUGAGAUAGAUGGAAGAGCUUUGUGAGUUCUUUGAGUUUGCGAAGGGGCAUUGCUCACUCUCUUGUACAUAGCAUGUAGUGCCUGGGUAAACUAAAACCUGUAUAUUUUCCUACCAUGUAGUAUCUGUGAGCAUAUAAAUUUAUAGGUUGUGGUAAUAUUUGUACAAUGUUGAUAAGCACGCAAAGAUUACUGA